UGCAAUUUGAAUAUUUUAAAAAUGGAAGAAAUAGCCCAAAAGGUUGAAAAUAGCGAGACCUCCAAGCUUGUAGUAGAGCAUAUCAUGACUCUGAUGGACACCAGUGAUGAAAUAUUUACUCUGAAAUUUGAUCCAAAUGAUAAAUACAUUGCCUGAGGUUGUGGAGAUGGGGCAAUCAGAGUUUUCAAUGUCAAGACCGGAAAGAUGGCAUUCCUUCUGCCAAACCCUAAAAAGUACGAUGGCUUCUUAUUCCCAAUCACUUGCUUGAGAUGGAGACCAGUCACACCAGAAAGUAAAGUCCAGAAUGUCUUGGUUGCCUGCUCUGCUGAUGGAUCUCUAUAUCAUUGGCAUGUGACUUCGAAGAAGUUAAUGCAUACUUUUGAGCUUGGUCAAUACGGAAAUCAAUUUUUCUGCUUAGAUUUCUCUCCGGAUGGAAAACAAUUUGCCUUAGGCGCCAAGGACAAAACCGUCAGAAUCAUGGAUGAGUAUACCAAGACUCUAGUUGAUACCCUUGAGGGAGGAAUGGGCGCUUUAGGACAUUCCAACAGAGUUUUCUCUGUAAAAUACGUUAAAGAGGAUCCAAAUCUCCUUAUUAGUGGAGGCUGGGAUAGCACUAUCCUCUUGUGGGACCUUAGGUCAUCAAAAGUAGUCAAAAGUUUCUACGGUCCUCAUAUUUGUGGAGACUCAUUGGAUCUCAGAAAUGGAAAAAUUCUAGCAGGUAGUUACAGUAAUAAAGAUAAUCUCUACUCGAUUGAUCUUGAAAGCUUUGAACUGGAUCAUCAGAUCAACUGGUAUGGAGAAGAAUUUAAGAAGACAGAGGAUAAAAAGCCCUCUUCACUCUAUUCAGCUCUUUACACAUCAGAUGGAAAGCACAUUAUAGCUGGCGGAGCCAGCCCUAAUGAGGUUAGAAUCUUCAAAAAUGACCCAGAAGAGGGUCAUAAGGUAGUUAGUGGCAUCUCAGACCUCAAUAGCUGUCCUUUGGCAAUUGAUGUUGCUCAUUCUAGCAAUAAAUUUGCUUUCGGGACAGCAGAUGGGUAUCUCAGAAUUAUGAAUUUAACCGAAUCUGAUGAGUAGCAUGUUUCUAUUUAGUAGCAAAAAUCAUUCAAAUA